UCCCACCAAAUAAAAAGAAAACAUAUCGAAAUGAUAAUAUUCAUUUUCCUACAUAUCUUCUUAUCAACUUAUUGCUUCAAAUUCUCUAAUGCAUUUUCAGAUUUAGACGUUUUAAUGAAGAUCAAAUCGUCGUUAGUUGCCUCAAACACGUCUGAACUCUUAAACGACUGGAAAGUCACAAACUCACAUUGCACCUUUUCGGGCAUCUCAUGUGACCAAAACUCUCGUGUGACAUCUCUAACAAUAUCAUACGUUCCAUUAUUUGGAACCAUUCCACCCGAAAUCGGUCUUUUAAACAAACUAGUCAAUCUCACACUUGUAUCCGAUAACCUCACGGGUGAACUCCCAAUCGAGAUGUCAAGUUUAACAUCUAUUAAAUUCAUUAACAUCUCCUCCAAUUCUUUCUUUGGUGACUUUCCAGGAAAUUUAGUCGUUACGAUGAAAGAUAUCGAAGCGUUUGAUGUGUACAACAAUAACUUCACUGGCAAAUUGCCUAUAGAGUUUGUCACGUUACCGAAAUUAAAAAUUUUGUACCUAGGAGGUAAUUAUUUUAGUGGUGAAAUACCCGAAUCUUACUCCUUGUUUCAAAAGCUAGAAAUUUUGGGAAUUCAAGCGAACGAUUUAUCUGGAAUGAUUCCGGGUAGCUUAUCAAAAAUACCGACUCUUACACAUCUUUACUUAGGAUAUUUCAAUAGUUACCAAGGAGGAAUUCCGUCACAAUUUGGUCUUUUUAAGUCUCUAAAGUUGUUAGAUAUCGCGGGAUGUAAUCUAACGGGUGAAAUUCCAUCUAGUUUAUCAAACUUAAAAAUGUUACAUACUUUGUUUCUUCAAUGGAAUAAUCUAAGUGGUGAAAUACCUCACGAGAUGUCGAAAAUGGUUAGCCUGAUGUCGUUAGAUUUGUCGAAUAAUAAUUUAAGUGGUGGGAUACCGGAGAGUUUUGGGGAGUUGAGGAAUUUGACGUUGAUAAGUUUGUUUCAUAACCGGCUCGCGGGACCUCUUCCGAAGUUUAUUGGGGAUUUGCCGAAUCUUGAAGUGUUGCAGAUUUGGGAGAAUAAUUUCACGUUUGAGUUGCCGGAGAAUCUUGGUCGUAAUGGAAGGUUGAAAAACCUUGAUGUUACCGGGAAUCACCUUACUGGACCUAUUCCAAAAGAUUUGUGCAAAGGAGGCAAGUUAGAACUUCUAAUCUUAAUGGAGAACUACUUCUUUGGGGCCCUGCCAGAAGAACUUGGCAGCUGCAAGUCCUUGACCAAAAUUCGAAUCACAAGCAACUUCAUCAAUGGCACCAUCCCUGCUGGCAUCUUCACCUUGCCCCAGCUCACCAUGCUCGAGCUCGACGACAACUAUCUAACGGGCCAACUUCCAACCAAAAUGUACAGUGAGUCUCUUCAGAGCAUUUCAAUGUCUAACAACCGAAUCACGGGUAACAUACCUCGUGCAUUUGGUGACUUAGUGAACUUAUCCACUCUAUCUUUAGAAUCAAAUAAGUUCGUUGGCGAAAUCCCAGAAGAGAUAUUCAAGUUAAAAAAGCUGUACAAGAUUAAUAUGAGUGACAAUAAUCUCACUGGUGAGAUUCCGGGUUCUAUUAGUACUUGUGUUCAGCUUACUGCGAUUGAUAUAAGCCGUAACAAUUUGUUUGGAGAGUUUCCAAAAGGGAUUUUAAGUUUGUUUAAUUUGAACAUACUUAAUGUGUCUAGGAAUCAGUUUAGUGGUGAGAUUCCAGAUAAGUUGGGUCAUAUGAUAAGCUUAACGGUUUUGGAUCUAUCGUAUAAUGAGUUCUCUGGGAGAGUCCCACUCGACGGGCAACUAAAAGAUUUUGAUGACACCAUCUUUGCUGGUAACCCGGAUCUUUGUUUACCCCAAGUGGUUCAUUGUCCUAUCAUUUCUAGACCGCGAAACAAGCACCAUUAUUCGCUGACAACAUCAAAGGUUAUGAUAAUUGUCAUUUCCAUAAUCACGACUAUAUUGUUGUUCAUGCUGACAUUCAUCUUGGUGAACAAGAAACGUCUCGAGAGGUCUAAAGUGUGGAAGCUAACUACUUUCCAACGGUUGAACUUGAAAGUUGAAGAUGUUUUAGAAUGUUUGAAAGAUGAAAACAUAAUAGGCAAAGGAGGUGCUGGGAUUGUGUAUCGUGGGUCGAUGGCUAAUGGUGUUGACAUUGCAAUCAAAAGGUUAAUGGGAAGGAACCACGGGUUUGAUGCUGAGAUUCAAACAUUGGGAAAGAUUAGGCAUAGGAACAUAGUGAGAUUGCUUGGAUACGUAUCAAAUCGUGAAAACAAGUUGUUGAUUUAUGAGUAUAUGUCUCAUGGGAGUUUAGGAGAGAUUUUGCAUGGGUUGAAAGGGGGGUAUUUGCAAUGGGAAACAAGGUACAAGAUCGCGGUGGAGGCUGCUAAGGGAUUGUGUUACCUUCAUCAUGAUUGCUCGCCGAUGAUACUACAUCGUGAUGUGAAAUCAAACAAUAUAUUGUUGGAUUCUGAUUAUGAAGCUCAUGUUGCUGAUUUCGGGCUUGCUAAGUUCUUGAUAGAUACUGGUGCUUCCGAAUGUAUGUCUGCAAUUGCUGGAUCUUAUGGCUACAUUGCACCAGAGUAUGCAUACACGUUAAAAGUGGAUGAAAAGAGUGAUGUGUAUAGUUUUGGGGUUGUGCUUCUUGAAUUGAUAGCUGGUAAGAAGCCGGUUGGGGAAUUUGGUGAUGGAGUAGACAUUGUGAGGUGGGUACGGGAGACCAUAUCAGAGCAUUCUGACCCAUCAGAUGAGGCUGCAGUGCUAGCGGUGUUGGAUUAUAGGCUCAAAGACUAUCCACUAGAAAGUGUGAUAAACCUCUUCAAAAUUGCGAUGAUUUGUGUUGAGGAGGAGAGCACGGCUCGACCUACAAUGAGGGAAGUUGUUCACAUGCUCACGAAUCCUCCUCAGUCUCAACCACCUCAGCAGCAAUGCCUGCUCACUCCUUAAAUUAUACGGUAGUUUGUUUAGUUGCUGAUGUUUUGAUAUAAAUUAUACUUGUAAUAAUCUUGACGCUUUAUGGGUCAAAAAUACAAAAUUCUUGUAUGCAAAUCCUUGUGCUGUGUAAUAUUAUCAGUCUAUAAUGAAGGUUGAUUGUUUUUGUGUGAA